AUGAAAUACUCGGUUGUGUUGUGGUUUUUAGUUGGUUUCGUUCGUCUUAUUAUUUGCCAUUCAACUGAUGACGAAAAGCCUUCAUUGGAGUUAUCACUCCCAGACUUGGUAACGAUUAAUGAUGGUGAUUAUCUAUCAAAUUGGAAUUUCAAAGGCAAUGCCAUCAUCAAUACUGGCCAAGUAAUUUUGACGCCUACAAUCUCCGAUUAUUAUCAUGAUGAAACUAAUGAAAAUGAUUAUAAAAACUUGAAAAAUGUCUUUGGUUCUAUUUGGUCUAAACAUAAUAUAAUUUCUGAUUCUUGGUCGAUUAAAUUAACUUUGAGAUCGAAAGGUGUGGUUGGUUCGUCAGAUGGAGGUGGAAUAAUAUUACAUUUACUUAAUCAAGAUAAUAAGAACAAUGAAAAUAAUCAAAAUAACGACAACUCGUUAUAUGGUGGACCAUCGAAAUUUGAUGGUUUAGCAAUAGUUAUUGAUUCAAAUGGCCCAUUAUCUUCAUCAUUAAGAGGUUAUUUUAAUGAUGAUUCAAAAAAAUUCAAUCCGUUUAAUUUGGAAUUUUUCAAUCAAGAAUUUGGUUCCUGUUUAAUUGCUUAUCAAGAUAGCCAAGUUCCGGUUACAAUCAAGUUAUCUUAUUAUAGUAACAAUCAAUUUAAUAAAAAUUUUUUAAAACUAUCCAUUGAUAAUAAAAUUUGUUUUAAAUUAACAAAUUUAAUCAAUCUUAAAAACAAUAACGGAUAUAAAAUAGGAAUUUCGGCCAACAACGGUCUCUUGGGCAAAGAAUCAUUUGAAAUCUUGAAAUUGAAAACUUAUGAUAAUAUUUUAAAUGAGGAAUUGGGCGAGUUUGGUGUAUUAGAAUCCCAGCCAAAAAUUAUAACAAAGUUAUUUGAUAAUGAUCAGGAAGAAAUUAAAAUUUAUACGCCAGAUCAAGGUAAAACCAAUGAACAAAAUAGAAAUUUAAAUAAAGAUGUUCAGAUAUUAAUGAGUGAUAAUUAUAACGAUAUUUUAAGGCGAUUUGAUUCAUUAAAUGAAAAAUUGGUCUAUUUAGAAAAUAAUUAUAUUAAUAAUUUAAAUAAUAUUAAAAGUUCAAUUAACAAAUUAUCAGAUCAAGUGGAUGAAAUAUCAACAACACAAGAUAAAUCAGUUUUAAAACAAUUACAAACUUUAGUUUAUUAUGAAGAGGAAAAAAAAAUUGAUAAAGAAUUGUUUAAAAAGAAAACUUUUCAAAAAGUCAAAAAUGAUAAAAAUGAUAAUCAUGAGUUUUUCACUACCAUCAAAUUCUUUAUUUGGUUGUUGUUAAUUUUAACACUAAUUUUAUCUGUUUUCAUUUACAAAUUAAGGACAGAUAUUAAACAUUCAAAAUUGUUGUAA